AUGUUGAUGCAGGUCAACAAUAACGGUGUCAUCUCGUUCUUGGAAAGAGUUUCUCAAUAUACCCCUUAUCCGUUUCCACUCGCUGACGGCCGACGACUUUUGACUCCAUUCUGGGCUGAUGUUGACACGCGUAAUGGCGGAACUUUAUCCUAUCGACAAGUCUUACGAUUCACCCAAAACGACGGCAUAUUCCUCGAAGCUGAUGAAGUGAUAAGAGCAUCAUUUGUUGACAUGAGAGACUUUGUGUCGUCAUGGAUGUACAUCGCGACCUGGGACAGCGUAGCUUUCUUUGGUGCUUUUGAUACCUCCAUCCUUCAGAGGAAUUCCUUUCAAGCUGUGAUGGUGACAGAUGGCGGACACUCCUUCGCCAUCUUUAAUUACGGUGAUAUCAACUGGACAACAGGAGCUGCCAGUGGUGGUAAUCGUGAUAAAGGUGUUGGUGGUAUCCCAGCUCAGGUUGGAUUCAACGCUGGUGACGGAGUGACCUUUUACAGUGUCCCUGGAUCUCAAACAGCAGCCGUCGCCGAUAUCGAAACGACAUCGAAUAUCGGUGUACCUGGAAGAUGGGUGUUCAGGACAGACAACUCCAAAAUCGAAGGACUAGAAUGUACAACCUCCGGUGACAUUUCCUUGUUCCCAUUGGUUGGUUCAAUGUUUGGUGGAACUCAGGUUCUCAUCAACGGACCGUGCUUUAAUUCAACCAACCUGAUUAUCUGUGAUUUCGACGGAUUCGAGACUUCUGGAAGACUUUUGGAAGACGAGGUCGCCCUUUGCGUUUCGCCGACUUUCUACAAAGUUGGACAGAUUACCCUGCGCGUAUCUCUAGACGACGGACUCACGUUUGAUUUCACAGGAUUGUUCACAAUUAUCAGUGUCGAGGACGUUCCUGACGGUGUAUUUUCCUCAGUAACGGAAAGCAACCAAAAAGAAUCCGACUUCGAGAUCACGUGGAACACAGAUGCCCUCGAAAGCGUGGACGAAGUUGACGUCGUUGUCUACGGCUACCGAGAGGACGAUUACGUGGAGUUUAGUGGACCGUUGGUCAUAGUCGCACAGGGAGUUGACUAUCAUGUCGGUUACCACAGCGUUUCAGGGUUACUAGACCCUGAAAUACACUUCGACGUCGGUGUUAUUGGCGUCAUUGAAUCUAAUGGUCAAGGGGAGAACUCACUAGGAGGGGGACAGGAGUGUUGCUAUGGUGAUGAUGGAAUGAUCAUUAAUAUCGUUGAUAGUCUGGGAGGGGGCUUCAACCAUCGUUACCACCAUGGUGGCGUCACCCCAUAUGGGGCACCUAAGAAGGUACCAUAUAUGUCGCACUACUUCGUCGACAUCUUGCCCUGGACCUACUGCUGUACUUACGGUGGACCAGAUGAGUGCACAAAUUUUGCUCGCCGACGGCCUUCUCAAACUUGCAACAACUACGUUCCGCCUGCUCUAGCAUUGGGUAGUGGCGAUCCACAUAUUUCAACUCUUGACUCGACCACGUACACUUUCAACGGCCACGGUGAAUUUACUCUGCUGAACGCACUGAAUGACAUCUUCAUCUUACAAGCAAGAGCGGCUCCUCUCGUUGGAACGUCUGAUGCAACGGUGUUUGUUGCCAUGGCAGUACGAUUUGGUGAUAGUGAUGUCAUUCAUGUUCAAACCAAUGAACGCAGGGUUCUUGAUGUUUAUGUCCGACUAGCCGGGGAUGGACAAAACUUCACAAGGAUUGAAUUCGAUCAGGCUUCUCGAUGGUCAUAUUCAGGGGUCUCGGUAACCGGUCGCAACAUUACCUCAGAUGGAAUCAUUGUAUCUUUUGACGGAGGGGUAGGGCUAAAUAUAAAAGCAUUCGAAGGAGCAAUGAGCAUUUUUCUCGUAGCUCCAGACUCCUUCCUGGGUCUGACGCAAGGGUUGAUGGGAACGUGGAAUGGUAAUGCCAGUGACGAUUUCCUAACUCCUCAGGGAUCUAUCCUCUCACCUGAUCUGACUACUGAGCAGUUGCACUACCAGUUUGGACUAUUAUGGGAAAUCGGUGCCGCAAAAUCAGUGUUCUAUUACGAACCGGGCAAGGACCACGAAUUUCAUACCAACCGCCAUUACAUUCCUGUCUUUGAGCCUGUCGCCAACCCUUCUGUAGACCAGAGCCUUGUGGUAGAAGUCUGCGGUACGAACCCGUUCUGUAUCUUCGACUACCAGACAACGGGGUCGCAGAGUUUUGCACAGAAUACCGUGAAGUCCCUCGUGCAGUAUCAGCAGGCAGUUGACAACAGAGCAUCGUUCGUGAGUUGCCCAAGUCUUCCCGCCCCUGCUAAAGGAAGAGCCAUCGUGGCGACCUACAAGGCAGGGGGCGUGGCCAGAUUCGUGUGCGAUGCCAGCUUCGAACUGAGUCAUGUGGUCAACUUAACCUGCCAAUCAAAUGGUACUUGGAGUCAUGGCGAUAUCCCGACAUGCAUGGGUGAUGCAUCCGGGCAGACAAAGACUACGCCCUCUAGGACAGGGACGCCACUUGUCAAGAAUUAG